AUGCGGAUGGAGUAUAGGCAAACGCGCAGAACGGCGGCGUCUGCUACCGCUCUACAACCGACGUGUAGCACCUCAGGUGACGCCUCUUGUUUCUAGAUGGAGGCCCUGCCCGACGACGCCCUGCUGGCCGUGCUGCACCGCCUCGACAACGGCGACCUGGUCCGGUGCCGCCGCGUGUGCCGCCGCCUCCGCGACGUCGUGGGGCACCCCGAACUGUGGCGCGACAGGGACAUCUCCGGCGGCUUCCUGCUCAUGUCGCCCCCGCCCCCUCGCUGCCGACGGCUCGCGUUGACGGGCUGGAGGAAGCUCCCAGUGGGCUCCGCCACUGCGGUCCGGACCACCUCGUGCGCGGCCGCGGGCCUCAGCAUUCUUGUCGACGCACACCCGCUGGUGGCUGCGGGCGUCAUUCGCCGGCAGGCGGAGCUGGGCCGCCUCACCGAGCUGGACAUCAGCUUCUCUCCCGCCUGCUGGCGCGCAGGCGAAGGCCUCCUCCUCAGGUCCGCCCUCCAAGUCGGGGGUUUGCGUGAGCUGCACAUCGGCUCCUCGAAGCACAGCUACACGACUGGCUGGUCGUCCCCGGUGCCGCCGUCUCUCAAGAAGCUCGCGUACGGUGGAGACGACGCCGCGCUGCUCAAGGUCCUCCUGCGCGCGCACGCCGCCACCCUGGAGGAGGUCAGGCUGGACCACCUGGGUGGCUGGGACCGUGAGGUCACCGACGUGCUCUCGAGCAUCGCCAACCCCUGGGAGCUGCAGUGCCACGUUGUGCGCGGCCUGGGCCCCAAGCUGGCCGAGUGCUGCUCGCUGACGUCCCUCAGGCUCACCGUCCAGGACGUACCAGCGAUGGAUUACUGUGACGCUAUCGACUUCGUGCGCUACAGCCACAUCACUCGUUUCUACGUGCGCGCGCGCGGGCGUUGUAAGCUGCCCAUACUCCUAGUUAGGUCGUUAGGAGACGAUGGCACUCCCGUCAGCAAAUCCAAGGUGACACACCUAGAAGUGGACUUACGCGAGUCUCCGUUGGUAGAAGAUGUGGUGCUGUACCGUGCUACUAAAGUUGCUUUUAUACUUCUUGGUGAUUUCCUGCCGGCCCUGAAGGAGUUAAUUUUCAACGGUGAACACUGCGCCCUAGUCCCACGGGACUGAGAAGGAGGUGCACAGUCCAGUGCACAAUCUGGCAUCUCUGUUUGAAGACUAGGAGUUUUUUUUUGUAUUUACUUUUUAACAAUUUGUUAGCAGGUUUCAUAAAUAUUUCCUCUUUGUUUGAGCCUUUUAAACUUAAAAGAUGUAAAAAUUGUGAACUGCAUAUUAUGUUUAUAGCUUUGUUGUAUAUAACCGUAAUACACGACUAUCAACAAGUUUGGUUUGACUUGCUAGUUCUGCGGAUGAGAUCACAAAAAUAUCACCAAUAAACGACAAACUACAACCGA